AUGUCUUUCUCCCAUCCUCUACCUGUUCUGAUCGUCGGAGCUGGCCCUUCAGGCCUUGCCUUGGCACUUUCUCUGGUGCAGCAUGGCGUGCAAGUUCGGAUUAUUGAUAGGGAUCAGCAGUUUCAUAUUGGACAGCGCGGCGCUGGCAUACAACCUAGAACGCUAGAAGCUUGGAACCUGUUGGGUGUUUUGCCUGACAUUCUUUCCAAAAGCAUGGGACUGCUUCCAAUGCGGUUCUACAAGCUCCCAGGAGGUGUCGAGCCGGCCAAAACAAUUGAUCUAAUAACUCCUGAGGAUCCCACCCCGGAUACCCCCUACAUACACGCGCAGCUCCUCGGGCAGGCAAAAACAGAACAAAUAUUGCGUGAACAUCUGGCCAAGUACGGAUGCCAUGUCGAGCGAGGCACCGAGCUGCUCAGCUUGGAACAGAACGGCAGUCAUGUGGUAGCUCACCUCGUCAAGCGCAGUGGCGAUGAAGAGGCCAAUGAGUCCGUUGUUAGCCGAUGGCUUGUGGGCACCGAUGGCGCGAGAGGUACUGUACGGAAACAGCUCGGACUGACCUUCCUCGGUGAGUCGCUCUCAGGGAAGUUUGUCUUUGGCGAAAUUGUGGUCAAGAAUCUGUCCCGUGAUUGCUCGCAUAACUGGGGAAGCUUUGAGAGCGGGAUGUGGGACAUUCUUCAUGAUCCAUAUCAAGCGUACUCACUUUCCACCCCUAACGUUCGCAUGGUAAACAAGUUCUCCGAAGGCCGAGUGUUUGUCGCGGGAGAUGCUGCUCACGUGCACAGUCCAGUCGGCGGACAGGGCAUGAACUCCAGUGUCCAGGAUUCUCUCAACCUCGGCUGGAAGCUCGCUUUGGUCGAGCGAGGGCUUGCCCCGGAGUCGCUCCUCGACACUUACACAGAGGAACGCCUACCUGUCAUCGCCCAUAUGCUCAAACAGACAACAAACCUGUUUAAAACUACUAGAAACGCAAUGGCGAAUGGCGAAGACGCAUCUAAAGCAUGGGCUCGGCCCCGCGAUCUGAAGAUGCUUGGCGUCAACUACCGCUGGAGUUCCAUCGUGCUCGACGAGCGCCAUCCCCGAGAAGCGUCCGAGAAAGACAUGCAACUCUUAGAUGCGUAUGGAGCGGACACGAGUGGCGGGCUGCAUGCUGGCGACAGGGCCCCAGACGCCCCGGGUCUCGCGGUAGUGGAGGAGGGCAACGUCUCCACGGAGACGACGUCGUUGUUCCGCAUCUUCGACUCCGCUCACCACACGGUCCUCAUUUUUUCCUCAGACGGCUCUCAGAUCGCCGCUGUACUCAAAGCGACGAAGAAGCUUCCGCCUCGCCUCAUCCGUACGGUCGUCAUCUACCCGCGAGACUCUAGUCCUUCGUUGGCCGUAUCUGGCGCAGAUGUCGUCUGUGUUGAUCGAGACGGGUAUGGGCACUCGGGAUACGGUGCGUCGCCGGACGGGACCACUGUGUCUAUUGUGAGGCCAGACGGGAUUGUUGGCGCUCUUGUCUCCGGGGAAGCAGGCCUGGAGGCCUACUUCAGGAAUGUGUUCUUGGGGUGAAGACCUUGGCUUACUGUCUCUGAUGCCGGUGUCUGUUUAAGCAACAGCUGAUCUGUACAUGUAUCUUUGAUAAGUGUAUCAGCCGAUGGCAUGUAAAUUAGAAUCACCACUCUGUCUCGCCUUGUUUAUUACUAUACCUCACAUCUCAAUGUUUCUUUUUGCAUCGAGUUUGUAUCAAUAUACCAUUCGUUUGAUC